UAUAAUUCAAGCUUCAGUGUUUUGGCUAAUAUUGUCCAAUUCAUGUUUGUUUAUCAAACAGGAAUCUUGUCUUCAAGUCAGUUUUGAUUGCAGUAGAUAGGACUCGCCAAAACUCCAUAAAGAUUCUGACUUUCUCCUCUGUUGUUCCACCAGACCUGGUUUUCCUGUUUGAUCUGUACUGCCAACUCUGCCCAUUUGGCCUCUACUCACCGACAACCCUCAGAGCUUGUUCCCAUCUUCACAGUUGAACUCUGAUUUGGUGUCAGUUUAGCUCAAGCAACAACUAGAUCUUAUCUGGGUGCUUCUCAAAAUCAAGUCUCAAGCAGAUGAAGCUGACCCCUACCACUCGAUUGUUAUAUUGUCUUUGAGUUCUACAGAGAUUAAAGCUUCAUAGCUCAAAAGAAAGAAAACAAGAAACUGUGGUUCUGUCCAGGAUCUGCAUCAUACUAUGAGUAGCCUUUUUUACAGUCCACAUUUUAAGUCUUCAGAGGCAGAGUUGAGGAAGAAGCACACAGAGUUCUUAUUGGAUUCAUCACAUGGUUUUCACCAACAACAACAGUCACAGCAGCUGCAACCGAGCUCUGGACUAAUGCGGUAUCGGUCUGCUCCGAGCUCAGUUCUGCUGGACCUUGUGGACAAUAAUGGUGGUGCUGGAUGUGAGGAUUUUCGAGAUUUUCAAUAUCCUCGACCUUCCAGCUCGGAAGUUGAAACCGUCUCGGCAAGGUUCGUUUCUUCAUGUAAUGCACCUGAUAGUAACAAUGGUUUCAAUAACAGCGCUCAUCAUCUGUUCCAAGAAAGGCCUGUGAAGCAAGAAGCAGGGGACUCUGUUUCGAAACAGAAUGGUUACUCGAAUUCUCCUCAGAUGAUGUACCCGACUCAACAAGUUCAUCCUUUAGAUAAUGCUAAUGCCUCCUCCUAUGGCGCUGUCAAAUCUACCUGCUUCGAGAACUCAAUGCAAUCAAAAAUGGGAGUUGGAAAUCGCUCUAAUCUUGUUAGGCAAAGUAGCUCCCCAGCUGGAUUCCUCGCCAACUUAAACGUUGACAAUGGCUUCAGUCUAAUGAAAGAUACUUCAAGUUUUGGAGUAAGCAAUGGUACAAAUGGAGAAGCUAGUCCGUCAACUGCUAGAUUGAAUUCCCAAUUUAGCUUCUCGUCUGCUUCACCCCAAUACUCAAGAGAGUCGAGACAUUUGCCUAGAAUUGCUGAGACUGGGAAUCGAAACAUAGGAGAAGGUGGUGAAUCAGAACAAAUUUUAGGAAAUGCUACUAAUGGUGUCAGUUCACAUUACAUACCUGCCUAUUCAAAUGAUACUUGGGACAAUUCUACAUUUCAUGACCUCAAAAGAGGCAGAGAUAAUGAUGGGAACAAUUUUGCUAGUACUACUACUGCAUUGGACACUCAGGUGGCAAAUUUUGGACACCGCAGUCACGGUCUUACUCAGCAUUCGAGCUUGCCUACACAUUUUGAGAUGCCUGGUAUGGAGAAGCUUUUAGAGUUUCAAGAUUCCAUUCCAUGCAAAAUUCGUGCCAAAAGAGGCUUUGCAACUCACCCACGAAGCAUUGCAGAGAGGAUGAGAAGAACGCGGAUCAGUGAAAGAAUGAGGAAACUGCAAGAUCUUUUCCCAAACAUGGACAAGCAAACGAACACGGCAGAAAUGUUGGAUCGGGCAGUUGAGUCCAUUAAAGACCUGCAGAAACAGGUUAAGACACUCAAGGAUAUAAAGUCCAAGUGCAGUUGUUCAAGUUAACAGAAACACAGUUAAUUCAAAUCCUUCUUACGUGAUUUCUCCCCAUGUUUGCAAGCAAAAGGAAAACGGCAAAGGAAGAAACGCGAGUUCAUUUUGUAUUAUAAAAAUUCAUUUGCUAUUUCAGUGACAACAUAAUAGGAGAACGUAACAUAUGUUAGUGUGGUUGUGGAAAUCUCAAUCUGUUUCAAGUUA